GUCAGCAAAUAUAGCUCAACAAAAUGUUUGACUGAACAGUCCUCACACACCCCCAAAAAAUGGGCAACUGUAACAGCUCAUCUUCGGACCAAACUACCACCACAUCCUCCGGCGGCGACACCGUUCCGCUGCCGUCUCAAACCACCGGUAUCCGAAUCAUCCCUUCAUCUCAACCGCCACCUCCCCGACCACUAUCCGGCAUCGGCCGUGUCCUCGGCAAACCAAUGGAAGACGUUCGUUCCACCUACAUUUUCGGCGGCGAACUCGGUCGCGGACAAUUCGGUGUAACCUUUUUAGUAACUCACAAGCAAACGCGCCAGCAAUUCGCGUGCAAGUCAAUUGCCACGCGAAAGCUCAUAGCGGCUGACGACGUGGACGACGUACGCCGCGAGGUUCAGAUCAUGCACCACUUAACCGGUCACCGGAACAUCGUGGAACUUAAAGGAACGUUCGAGGACAAGCAUCACGUUCACCUCGUCAUGGAACUUUGUGCCGGCGGCGAGCUUUUUGACCGGAUAAUUGCUAAAGGACACUAUUCCGAACGAGCUGCCGCCGGGCUUUGCCGGCAGAUGGUUACGGUGGUUCAUUAUUGUCAUUCCAUGGGCGUUAUGCAUCGGGAUUUAAAGCCAGAAAAUUUCUUGUUUUUGAGCUCCGAUGAAAGUUCACCAUUGAAGGCUACUGAUUUUGGAUUAUCAGUCUUCUUCAAACCAGGUGAUGUUUUCAAAGACCUAGUUGGUAGUGCAUAUUAUGUCGCUCCUGAAGUUCUGCGCCGAGAAUAUGGACCUGAAGCUGAUAUUUGGAGUGCUGGAGUUAUCCUGUACAUUCUACUCAGUGGCGUUCCACCAUUCUAUGGAGAGAAUGAUCAGAGUAUCUUUGAUGCUGUUCUUCGAGGUCAUCUUGAUUUUUCAUCGGAUCCUUGGCCUUCAGUAUCGAGUAGUGCUAAAGAUCUUGUUAAGAAGAUGCUACGAUCUGAUCCUAGGGAAAGGCUUUCUGCAGCUGAAGUCCUAAAUCAUCCAUGGAUGAGAGAAGAUGGUGAUGCAUCUGACAAGCCUCUUGACAUUGCUGUCUUAUCUAGAAUGAAACAAUUCCGUGCUAUGAACAAGCUGAAGAAAGUAGCACUGAAGGUAAUUGCUGAAAAUCUCUCCGAAGAAGAAAUCAUUGGCUUGAAGGAAAUGUUCAAAUCAAUAGACACGGAUGACAGUGGAACAAUUACAUAUGAAGAAUUGAAAGCCGGUCUUACAAAAAUGGGUACAAAGCUUUCUGAGUCAGAAGUCAGGCAGUUGAUGGAAGCGGCUGAUGUUGAUGGAAAUGGAACAAUUGAUUACCUCGAGUUCAUAACAGCUACAAUGCACAUGAAUCGCAUGGAAAGAGAAGAUCACUUGUACACAGCGUUUGAGUAUUUUGACAAGGAUAAGAGCGGGUAUAUUACGAUGGACGAAUUGGAGCAUGCCCUGAAGAAAUACAACAUUUCUGAUGAAAAAACAAUAAAAGAGAUCAUUGCUGAAGUUGACACAGACAAUGAUGGAAGAAUCAAUUAUGAUGAGUUUGCUGCCAUGAUGAGGAAAGGUAAUCCAGAUUUUGUCAACAAUAGACGUCGCAGAUGAAACCCACGAAACUCAUAAAGCAAGCCAUUUGAUUAGCACUGCUGCUCCAGUGAGUAUUCAAGAUGAACCUCUUAAAGAUCCAAGUUGGUUCCCUGUUGUAACUAUCUGGGAGUGUGAGAGCUGUGGCUCUUGGCUUUCUGGUCAAUUUGCUGUAGAGCUCGUCUUGAGUUGAGCUUCUAGUUAGGUGUAUGAUGUUCCAUUGAAUACAGAUGUGAGCGAUUAAAAUCUAAACCCGAAAAUAUGCUUGGUAUAUAGUAUACAAUUGAUAAUACUGAUGUACUUCGGUUCAUACUUCAGCCUCUUGAAACGAAUGAAGAGAAGUCCCUUUCUCCUUC